CCAAAGUAGUAUUUUUACAAAUCCACGAAAACGACGUCGUUUCAAGUCGUCUUCAACCUCGCCCAAACUUUGGUUUCCUCAUCCUUCUAUAAAAUCCCUUUUUCCUCAUACGAUUUGUCGCCUCUCUCUCUCAUAUCUUCUCCCUCGUCGUGCUCUCUCCUCUCUCGGGGAUCUUACUCAGGCCUUCUUGUGUGGACCAAAGGCGAAGAAGAGAAAAGAUGAAUCAUUGCAACUUCCAGCAGAACGCCGCCUUCAUGUCUCGCGAGGAGACGAUGGGAUUUGAUCGUAAUGACCUCGUCGUGUGUCCUAAGCCCCGGCGUGUCGGCUUACUCGCUAACAAUCUUAUUCUCCCUUUCAAAUUACAUAUGAGCCAAGCUGCUACUGAUUUGUGUGACUCUAAAGCUGGUGCCGAGCUCUUAGACAUCAUUCGUAGAAAGGAAGACGAUAAUGGAACAGUAUCUUCGUCUCCACCGUAUUUUCACGGUUCACCUCCAAGCAGAGCAGUGAACCCAUUAGCCCAAGAUGCUCGCUUUCGUGAUGAGAAACUCAGUCCACUCUCGCCCAACUCUCCUUUCCUUCAGCCCAAUUCAGAAACCGGGUCCCCAUCAUCUUCUUCUUCGUCUCGUGGUUGCGUUAGGAUGAAGUUUGGUCUCAAACCACCUGCAGUUAGAGUAGAAGGGUUCGAUUGCUUGAACCGUGACCGCCAAAGCUCGAGCAUCCCUGCCAUGGCUUAGUAGACAAGAAAGUGUACAUAGAGAUUCUGGAAUCGUUCGUUGACCAAGGUCUAAGAGUGAAGGAUUUGAUUACGAUUACUACCACCAUUUUUGAAGCAUAUCAGUAUGUGAAAUAUCUUAGUUGUUGUCUUUUCCUGAGAGAGGGAGAAGAGGAGGAAGAUGAAGAUCAGUUACCGUCGCCUGUCACCGUUUUGUUAACUUUUUAUUCAAGGUUAGUCUUUUGUAUAUAAAGAGUGGAAAUCUCUAUAUGUAUUCGUUUUGGUGUUUUUCUUUUUCUGGCUCAGCCUGAUCUUUUUUAUAUAUAAUUAAGGGGGAAGAUUAGUAGAAUCUGUAAAAUAUAAUCGAUCAUCUUUUUCUUUCACCUUUGUAUUUAGUAAUGUCUCUUUGACUCUGUUUGGGAGUUUAAGCUCUCUCACAACACCUUUGUAAAUUGUAUUUGUAAUUUGGUGUAUAUUAUUAAGGGAAAAUUGUUUUUUUU